GUUUCUUCUUUCGUUCACAUAAUCUGUUUCAAUCGAGAUUCAAUCGCUACCGGGACAGAGCUUUAUUGCCUCUCUUCCCAACCUGGCCCUCUCUCAGCGGUGAUUUAGGUCUCCUAUUUCCCGCAGUCCUUCGUUGAUUGGUGCGCUCCUCGAUCAUACUACUAUACUCCAUCGCCUUGUAUAAAUCACUCUAUACUCUCCCAAUCUGAAACGCAAUUUCCGCAUGCUUCUUGACCCUGUUCUCUGUAUAUGAUUCUCGGCCUAUCCUGACCCCAUCACGUCGUCGCCAUGCUGCGCCUUCAAACUGCUCUGUUCUUCGCCUACCUGGCGGCCAGGUCCCUCGCCGCAGACGACUUUACGCCGCCCAGCUGCAGUCUCGAUGAACACUGUCCCAAGGAAUACCCUUGCUGCUCCGUAUACGGACAAUGUGGUACCGGCGCUUACUGCCUCGGCGGUUGCGAUCCCCUGAUGUCGUACUCGCUUGAUUCCUGCGCCCCGAUGCCCGUCUGUGAGAGCAAGAGCUACAAGUGGGAGAACCUGGACAGCGCCGCCUCGAACAAUGAGUACCUCGGAAACGCCACAGAAUCCGACUGGGUGUACAGCGGAAAGCUUAAAGUCGAAGACGGAAACCUUGUGCUCACCAUGCCCAAGGAGAGCACGGGCUCGCUGAUCGCGAACAACCACUACAUCUGGUACGGCAAGAUUGGUGCAAAGAUCAAGAGCAGUCGCGGUGCCGGUGUUGUUACUGCCUUCAUUCUUCUCUCUGACACCAAGGACGAAAUCGACUACGAAUGGGUCGGCUCCGAUCUAAAAGAGGUUCAAACCAACUAUUACUUCCAAGGCAUCCUCGACUACGAUAACGGCGGCAAGUCCAAGGUGGACGGUGGGAAUACUUAUGCGGAUUGGCACACCUACGAGAUCGACUGGACUCCUGAGAAGAUUGACUGGUUGGUUGACGGCGAGGUUGUUCGAACUCUUACCAAGGAAUCUACAUUCAAUGAGACUGCCGACCGCUACGAGUACCCCCAGACCCCGUCCCGAAUGCAGCUGUCCCUCUGGCCCGCCGGUCAAGCUAGCAAUGCUCAGGGAACCAUUGAGUGGGCUGGAGGUGAGAUCGAUUGGGACUCUGAGGAUAUCAAGAACCAGGGCUACUACGCAGCCUACUACAGCGACAUCACCGUGGAAUGCUAUGACCCUCCUUCGGACGCCAAGGUCAGCGGCGAUGUCUCUUACGACUUCAAGGACGACAAGGGCUUGGAAAGCUCCGUUGAGAUCACCGACAACAAUACCGUGCUUGCUUCUCUGGGCGCCACCGGCCUCAACAUGGACCUCGGUUCCAACAAAACCGACAGCAGUGGCAACUCUACUGGCUCCAUCUCCAACUCCACGGUUCCUCAGAACCAGGGAGGUACUGGUAACAUCGCCGGAUCCUCGACCGGAAACGGAGGCUCGUCGAGCUCUGAUUCUUCAGGAGGCGCCUUCAGUCAAGGUACCGAUGACAGCACCGACGGCGAAAAUGCAGCCCCUUCUGAGCGAGUCCUCAAGGGUUCCUUCUUCGCUGUUUUGGUCGCUGUCGUUGUCCUCAUCAUCAUGUGAAGCCUUCUCAUUUUCCUCUUACAUCUUCACCUCUUCUUGGACUAUAUUUAUUUAUUUCUUCUUUUGCCAUCUCGGCCUCUGGACAAACAGCGUUGCGCGUGGCCGCUUUCUGAAACAUACGAUUCGCACCGUAUCACCUUUGUUAUGUUGUACCUUAUGUUCUAUACCUGGGCACAAUCGCCUCUUACCUGCCCUGUUAUCACUUUGAUACCAGUGACUUGUACUGCUCCCAAUUUCAUGUCUAUUUAUUGAUUGAGUCUCGACUGAUUCGACUCGGAUGUUCUCAUGUUCUACCUACUUAUAUCAUGAUCGCGCAACGCUCGCGCCAAAUCGUACUGCUACUAUAUAUGAGAAGGGACCUAUGAUCCCUUACCGAAAUCCACA